GUCAAAAGUUGGCGAGCUCAAGGUGAACGAGACGCCUGACCGUGGGGGCAAGAGCGAGCUAAAGGCCUGGCAAAAUGUGGUUUAGAGUUUCUUCCGGACAAGUUGAGGGUUUCUGUUGAAUUUAUAUUAGCCAAACGACUCUGGCGUAAAUAUCAUCUCCUCUUAAGGCCAAAGAUUUUAAUUUUACACGCCAUGUUUGUUCUCACGAAGAUCGCCGACUUGGUACAGAUCGCACCUAACGACUUUGGGAAGAGCAGUUUAACUGCGAUUGAGGACAACAUCAAUGCCAAAUAUGCCAACAAGGUAGUGCAGAAGCUGGGCCUAUUUAUAUGUCUAUGGGAUAUCCUGUGGACAUCGGAGGGCCUGAUCGGGCAUGGCACCGGCCUGGUCAACGUGAAUGUGGAAUUCCGCAUGGUGGUCUUCAGGCCAUUUAACAGCGAGGUCAUGGUGGCGCGUAUCGCCAGCCAGUCGCGAGAAGGCAUCCACCUUGCCACAGACUUUUUCCACGAUAUAUUUGUGCCCUACAGCGAGCUUCCUGAUGGAACAGAAUUCGAGCCAGCCGACGGCCUCUGGGUGUGGAAAGAAGAGGACCAACAGAUGUACUACGACAACAACGAAAUGGUCCGAUUCCAGGUAAUAUCCGAAGAGUGGCACGACCAGACGCCGACAGGGCCCGUCGACGCUGCCGAAGAGCCGGCAAGCAGCCUGCUGCCGCCGUACAAGAUCACGGGGUCCAUGAAAGGCCCUGGUCUUGGUUGCUACCUGUGGUGGGAGGACUGAGAGAACGAUAUGCCUCGGGGCGUUGGGGAAAAGUAAGGGGGGAAAUCGCAAUUUAUGGGCGAGUCCAAGAGAGAAAUCCAACAUCAAUAGCGGCAACAAGUCUUGCAUCGAAU